AUGAGCUUUGAAUUGUCCUUCUUGGGUUGUUCAGGGGGUCCAGUUGAAACAAGCAACUGUGCUAUCCUAGUGAAGCCGGCUCAGAUCCCGUACUCUGAUAUCCUCACAUUACCAGAUGCUCCGUUCUUUAUGAUUGAUGGUGGAGCAGGACUUCUUCUGUUGGCAGAGUUAAUUGCUGAUGAAGAGAAGCAGCCAAAACUCCUACUGCUCUAUGAGGACUCGUUACUGGUGGAGAGGUACAUGAAUGUGAAGCGAACCUUUCCAUUUAGAACCCUCAAGGGACCUGCAAUCGCCCUGCUGGCAGCGGUGCUUGCCAAGGUAGCCGGUGCCUUAAUCACACACCCCCACGCUGACCAUGUUCUGGCCAUUGUGCUCAAUCUGCCAGGUAUGGUAGGCAAGAGAGCCUCUCUACCUUUGUAUGGAUCUCAAUUCACCAUGGAUACUCUACAGAAUCACAUUUUCAAUGGCCAUGUUUGGCCGGAUAUGGUUCUGUUGGGAGUACUAGAGUUGAACUCACUAUCAUCAAAAGUUCCAACUGACAUAUGUAACAAUGCAUUCUCGGUCAUUAGGUUUGAUCUCAGCCACGGCAUCAUUCACGACACUAAGGAGACGUAUGAGUCGCUGGCGUACCUAGUGACCUGUUCCCAGUCACACUCAAAAAUUCUUGCAUUCGGCGAUUUUGAGGCCGACUCUGUUCUGGGUCUACAUAAAAACCUACUUAUUUGGAAGCACGUUGCUCCAUUUGUCAUUGACGGGUCUCUCAAAUGCAUUAUCUUGGAAUGCUCCAUGCAUAGUGUAGCACCAGACACACAGUUGUAUGGGCACUUGACGCCUCGACAUUUGAUAGAGGAGCUCGAAAUCCUCAAUGAAAUCCUGAAAACCAUGAAAAUUGACCCAUUGCAAGAUCUUCAUAUCGUCGUAACUCACGUCAAAGAGAACAUCGAAGGACAGGAUCCCCGUCGCAGAAUACAGAAAGAGCUAAACGAGCUAAACGAUGCUUCGGGCCUUGGAUUGAGAAUCACCAUGGCACUUAGCGGUGUAUCCAUGGUGGUUUGA